UCUGAUAGCCUCAUCCGUCUCUCUCUCGCUCUCUCUGCAAAGUGCUCACGCUUUUCAUCUCCCUUUCAUGUUUGUUGCCGUCGUCCUUCUUCUUGUUGUCGAUGCUGGGAAGAGUAUCUCGGAAAGCUGAGCACUCGUAAAGCUUCUCCUUUGUGCUCCUGCUUCACCCAGAAAAAAUCUCUUCUUUGAGCUUGGAUCGCCUUGUGUUCUGCUCUUUCUUCCUUGUCCGGGCAAAUUAGCGUGUUUUCUUUUGGUAGACUGAAGAAAGAUUCGAACUUUCGCAUAAAGAUCAUCACUUUCCUGGAGGAAAAGUUGGUGUUCUUGCGCUUUUUGCCAUCUUGUGGUUUGCUUGUCCUUUUCCUCUUUCUUGCAGUUUCCUCUUCUUCUUCUUCUUCUUGGUGUCUCCCUUAUUAAUUUAUUUGUCUUCGAGUAUAUCUCUUGGUUUUCUCCUGGUCAACUCAUCCAGCUAACCGAUUGGAUUCCGAAGCGCCGCAGAUUACCCACCCCCUUCACACAGUAUCCCAAUCCGGUUGCGCUCCCAAUCAUACAUUCCUUCUUCUUCCUCCUCCAUCCUACCCUGUCCCUGCAGCGACAUGGCGGGGAGCCGAUUCUUGGUGGUCUCGGUGCUUGUCGUGGGGCUAUGCUCUGCUUUGGCCCAAGGCCUCGGGGUGAACUGGGGCACCAUGGCGUCGCAUCCGCUGCCGCCAAAGAUCGUGGUUCAGCUCCUCAAGGACAACGGGAUCGACAAGGUCAAGAUCUUCGAUGCCGACUCCUCCACCAUGAAGGCCCUCGCCGGGUCUGACAUCGAGGUCAUGGUGGCCAUUCCGAACAACAUGCUCCGCACCAUGACCGACUACGGCGCCGCCCGGGACUGGGUGAAGACGAACGUCACCCGCUACCACUUCGAGGGAGGCGUCAACAUCAAAUAUGUAGCAGUCGGAAACGAGCCAUUCCUGUCAUCCUACAAUGGUUCGUUCUUGAACGUGACCUUCCCGGCCCUGAAGAACAUCCAGAACGCCCUCAAUGAUGCAGGGGUCGGUGGCAGCAUUAAGGCCACCGUUCCCCUCAACGCCGACGUCUACAACUCGCCCGAAAGCAACCCGGUUCCCUCAGCCGGAAGAUUCAGGACCGACAUCAGCGAUCUCAUGACCGAGAUCGUCCAGUUCCUGAACCAGAGCGGUGCGCCCUUCACCGUCAACAUCUACCCUUUCUUGAGCCUCUACGGGAACCCCAAUUUCCCAGUCGAGUUCGCCUUCUUCGACGGCGGGAGCGACCCCGUCGUGGACAACGGGAUUCAGUACACGAACGUGUUCGACGCCAACUUCGACACCCUGGUCUCAGCUCUCAAAGGAGUCGGCUUGGGAGAUCUGCCGAUCAUCGUCGGCGAGGUGGGCUGGCCUACCGACGGCGACAAGAACGCCAAGGCGUCCUACGCCCAGAGGUUCUACGACGGCCUCCUGAAGCGUCUCGUGGCGAACCACGGCACGCCUCUUCGUCCCAACCAGUACAUCGAGGUCUACCUGUUCAGCCUCAUCGACGAGGACGCCAAGAGCAUCGAGCCGGGGAACUUCGAGCGGCACUGGGGGGUCCUCAAGUACGACGGGCAGCCCAAGUACAACAUGGAUCUCUCAGGGCAGGGACAGGCCAAGACGCUUGUGCCGACGAAGGACGUGGAGUACCUGCCGAAGAAGUGGUGCGUGUUCGAUCCGAACGGUGGCGGCAACGUGAGCACGCUCGGGGACCAGAUCACGUUUGCUUGCACUUGGUCGGAUUGCACCGCGCUGGGCUAUGGAUCGACGUGCAAUGGGUUGGAUGGGAAUGGGAACGCCUCCUUCGCCUUCAACAUGUACUACCAAGUGCAGAACCACCAGGAGCUGAGCUGCAACUUCCAGGGAUUGGCCACGGAGACGACGCAGGAUCCCUCGACGGCCGGCUGCAACUUCACCAUCCAGAUUGCUACUUCUGCCGCCGAUGCUCCCAUGAAGCCAUUGCUUGUGGUAUUUAUGAUGUAUGCAUACGUUAUGGCACUUCUGCUGCUGUAGUUGGAGUUGUCGUCGAAGGGUGUAAGUUGGUGUGAUGGUUUUGGGUUGCUGGCCAUAUUUGUAUGUGACAUUCUUGAGGAAGUGUAGUUCUUUGGAUUCAUUGUUA